AUGGCAGCUGCAUUGGUAACUCAGCAGGCUCUCCAGCUUUUGCAGGUACCUACUCCAUUCAAACCCUCCUAUGAAGCACUUCGGUACCUUAUGUUCCGUCUCAUUUCCACCGGCUGCCGCCUUGACAUUCCAUGGCGCGAUGACGAAUACUACCCCAAACCGCCAAGGGUGGGAUAUACUACACCGCGUACCCGUGGCUUUGCACUCGUUGAUUAUCGAUAA